AUGGCUAACGGAUCCCCAAUGUCGUCCCAUAACCAAGCCCGCUCCCCGUCCUCGGCCUCCCCCACAAAGCUGUGCUCCAAGACAUACAAGAAGGCCUCCCAGCUCUACCUCACACGGCGCCUACCAGAAGCUUUAGCAAGUCUACAGCCUAUUAUAACGCCAUCAGCACCACAGGAAGACCAGCAUACAAAUGGCGACUCGUCAACACCGGUCGCGCCGAUCGCCACGGCCGCCAGCACGUGGAGAAUCAAGGUGUGGAACCUCUACAUCACCCUCCUCAGCGCAAUAGUCGAUCUUGGAGCCGAGGAAGGAAAGAAGCAAUUUGGACAGAAGGAAUGGAAAGGAAUUGCAUCACAAGUGAGAGAAGGCGGGAUUUGGGAGACAGUGGUCGAGGUCGGAUACCAAAACCGAGAGGGUUCGGUGGAUGCCGAAGUCGUCUACAACUUAGCUACACUACUUCUCACGCAUUCCUCCUCGCAAUCCCUGAACCAACAACGCCUCGAGACGUACCUCUCCUCAUACGGACAGCCCAACCUCGACCUUGCAGAUCGCCUACAAGAUGCAGCCAACGAUUUCCAGCAGCGCCCCAUGCCAACAAGCGGCGCCGAUACCCCGAAGGAUCUAACCUCCAGAGUGAGGAUCAUCGAGCUCUUCACCCUACAUGUCCUUCCCCGCAAUGACGAGUGGGAAUACGCAACCGAGUUCAUCAAUCUGAGCGAAGUCCUCGACGAGGAACGGAAAGACCUAUUCCUUCAGACCCUUGAGGGAUUGAAAGAAGAGAAGGAGCGUGGCGAAAUGCGCGCUGCUGAACUACAGCGUUCCAAAGACGAAGAACUCGAGCGGCAACGAGAGGACGAACGCCGAGAAGCCGAGGAAGCAGCGACAGCAGCAGCGCGAUCGCAAUCCAAUGGCCACAAGCGCAAUACCAGCGAAGUUGACUAUGGGAUUGAGAAAAGCCGCCCACAAAACUCACCCAAGGGCAAAGGGGGUAUUUCGACAGACAAGUCGCCGAAUGGGAAGUCUACACAACGGACCACACUUUCAUCGUCUGGAUCUAAGAAUGUCAAGAAGAAUGACAAGGUUCAACCCCGGGGCCGUCCAUCCCAGGCAGUGACAACUGCCCUGCGCAAUCUUUUCCGUCAUAUCAUCCAGACCGUGUCUGGUAACCCCAUGUCAUUAGUGCGCACUUUACUCUUCGUGAUUGGUAUUCUUAUGGCGAUGACCCGACAAGAUGUCCGCGAACGUGUGCGGAGGGUUACGGACUCUGCUUGGCAGAAGGUCAAAGGCACAGUCGGAAUGGGCGUCAAAGUGAGCUACAUUUGA